AUGUUUGAUACAAGUACAGAGUUUUACUCAGUGUUUGAUGCAGACGAACUACCACCUGAAGAGCUUUAUCAAUGGUUUUUGGGUACAGAACGUACUGUGAUUGUUUUGAAUACCAUUGUGGUUACUAUCACGUUGAUUGUAAUGAGCACGUGUAAGUUUAAAGCGUUUCAUUUGGCUGGGAGAGCAAUAGUUUAUUGUUGGGAGACAUUCAUAGCUAUUAUCACAGUUUGUUUUAGCAUCCAGAACAAUGUUGAAACGGUACCAUUACUUUUUAAUUAACGAAAUUGUAUGGUAAGUUUUAGAAAAAAUUUAAACAAGUACAUAUGUACCUAUAAAGCUACGCGAUUUGCGAUAUGUUACAAAUACUAAAAAACUUUUUUUAAGGAAAGUAAUACAGAUUUUUUUACCAUACAUAUUUCCAGCUUUCUAACCAGUGACCUGGCCGUGUAUCUAAACGGUUUAAUGAUACUAUUCCCAACGCCAUGUUUUGUACUCGGAGGGCCUAUUAAUUACUUAACCACCUCUUUAACCACGUGGACAUUAGUUGUGGUUAUUAACACUGUAACUGCCCGAAUAGCUGCAUUAUUUCGUCUGGAAUGA